CGCAGUCACACACAACAAGGAGGGAGUUCCUCCGGCUCACACGUACGUACCAGACUUGUUUUCUUCCAGAAACUCGGACCUGCACAUUAUUUCCUGAAACGGGACCCUGAUGAGCUUCGGUUCCAUCGUUCGCCUCGUUGUUCGACAAGUUUAGCCUCCGUCGUUUUCGUGACUGUGGCAGAAGUCGUGACAGACAGUUGAGUUUAGUAAGAUAUCUGCUGGAGAUUUUCCUUUUCCUCCAACGGAGAUGCCUGAGGACAUUGGAACAGCGAAGCCUGGAGGAGUCAUUGCCUAUAUUUCCUCUGGCUCUGCCUCCAGCCCAGAGUCCUGUAUGAGCACCAGCUCCAGCAGCGGAUACCUUUCCACAUCGCCGACUCUGUCUCGCCCUUCGCUGCCCAGCAGGGCCGUCGGCAUGGUGGUGGAUAUCUCUCCGCCGGCCAAGAAUGGCCACCAGCGUGGCCACGGCAUGGAGAAGGCUGGACGCUCAUCCACAUCUGCCAAGAGCAGCAUCACCAAAAUCAACGGAAUGGUGCUGUUGUGCAAGGUGUGCGGUGAUGUGGCCUCCGGCUUCCAUUACGGCGUCCACGCUUGUGAGGGCUGUAAGGGCUUCUUUAGGAGAAGCAUCCAGCAGAACAUCCAGUACAAGAAGUGUCUUAAGAUGGAGAACUGCACCAUCAUGAGGAUCAACAGGAACCGCUGCCAGCAGUGUCGGUUCAAGAAGUGUCUGGCUGUCGGCAUGUCCAGAGACGCUGUGCGAUUUGGCCGCAUCCCAAAGCGGGAGAAGCAGAGGAUGCUGCUGGAGAUGCAGAACGCCAUGAACAACAUGAUGAGCAACAACAGUCAGCUGCACAGCAUGCUGCACGGCCACCAGAGCCCGUCACUGCCCAUGGAGGCCAUGAGCAGCGACGCCAGCUCCUCUGCCUCCUCCUCCUCUUCCUCGGCUUCCGAUUCCCCAUCGUGCUCGAAUCCCUCCUCGCCGCAAUGCCCCCAGGACUCAGAGUCCGUGACGUCCAUGGACACCAACUCCAGCUCCGCCUCCUCCUGCGCAUCAGACAGCGGCGAGGACGAGGCCGUCGUCACGACGAACAGGCAGCACCAAGAUGCCUUCGCGUUCAGCCAGCAGAGCUCGCCGAGCCAGGACCAGGCCUCGCCCUCGCCGGUCACGGUUGCCCUGGAGACGGAGUGCGACAGCCGCAUGGAGGAGCAACAGGAGAGCUGGAACUGCUGGAACAACAACGUGGUUGUAGGUGGUUAUCAGCACAGCUCCUACGUUAACAGCCAACACGGCUCCAACACUGAGUACAGGGGGGAGAGUGGAGUUUACCAGCAGCAGCAGCAGCAGCUCAGCAGCGCCCCGAGCUGCGAACCAUCAGAAGACAGCCAAAGACAGCACGAACUCAACACACAACCUGCCUCAAAUGGUUUUAAUGGACCAACCAGCUGUCUGAAUAAUAGAGCACACUUGGUCUGUCCGAUGAACGCGUCACCGUACGUUGACCCCCGCAAGCCGAGUCAGGAGAUCUGGGAGGAGUUCUCCAUGAGCUUCACCCCCGCCGUGCGGGAGGUGGUCGACUUCGCCAAGAGGAUCCCGGGCUUCCGCGACCUCCCCGAGCACGACCAGGUCGGCCUGCUGAAGGCCGGAACUUUCGAGGUGCUGAUGGUCCGAUUCGCCUCUCUGUUCAACGUGGUCGAGCGGACGGUGACCUUCCUGAGCGGGAAGUGCUACAGCCUUGACACGCUACGGUCGCUGGGCGCCGGCGAGCUGCUCAACUCCAUGUGCGAGUUCAGCGAGAAGCUGGCGGCGCUGCGGCUCGACUCAGACGAAAUGAGCCUGUUCACGGCCGUGGUGCUCGUCUCAGCUGAUCGCUCAGGAAUCCAGGACCUGAACUCAGUCGAGGCCCUGCAGGACAAGCUGAUCCGGGCCCUGCGAAACCUGGUGAUGGAGAACCACGGCGAAGAGUCGGCCACCACCUUCACCAAGCUGCUCCUCAAGCUUCCCGAGCUGCGCUCGCUCAACAACAUGCACUCAGAGGAACUGCUCUCCUUCAAAGUUCACCCCUGAAAGCUUCCUAACGGGGCACAUCCGCGCCCUCCACCUUAUCCACACACCUCCACCGGGACUUGCCUCGUACUGCCCCCUCGCCCGCUGUAUUCGACCAACCCAGUUGUGUGUUUGUUUCUAGAAUGUACUGAAAGUUAUUUUUUAUUCUAUUUUUGUUAAGAAGACCGCGUUGGGUCUGAAGAGAGAAGAAUCUAAAACUGUACUGUAUUUAUAGAGGAGACAGCUUACGCUUGUUGCACACAAACACACACGAGUGCACGUGUGUCAGAGGUUCUUAGUUUUGCAAAGCUGGAGGCGCUUUUAUUCUUUGAGAGGACGAGGAGCACUUAACUGGCUUCAUGAAACGAGUAGAAACCAAUUAGUCGAUCCAAAAGCCAUUUAAUUCCAAAGUGUACUCUGUGACGAGCGGGUGAAUGUGAGACAGUAUAAACGUACGUACUGCAUGUUUGUUUGGUCCGAGAUUUUGACUGAUACGUGUCAGCGAGAAAGGCAAGCUAUCGGAAAAUGUAUUGAAGAAUGUGUGACGAUCGCUGCUAAUGCAUGGCUGUACUUAAUGCGAACAACUAUUACUUGGAUCUUCUCCCCUUGCCUCAGAGAGCAUCAGUUCAUUGUUGUACAGUGUUGUACGUUUUCUUUUUAUUUAACUGUUUUUUUUUUUUUUACACGUUCGAGUCUUUGUCAGCUGCCUGCACACUGCCUGGUGAUUUCUGGGGGGAGUCGAUGACGCCGUUGUCAGUAACACUACAUUUGCACAUGUUCUGGAGCAGAGAAACCCAAGUAACACGAAAUCCACAAAUAGCGUGACACAGCAUCAUGUACACAAAGUCACACUCAAGUGUUUUUGCUGUUUUCCCACUCUCUGGUUUUUAUGACUUUUUUUUUUUUUAACUUUGUGUGCUUUCAGCAUAGCACUGAAUUGACACUUGUUUUUGUUAUCCGUUUUGUUGGAAUAUCACUUUCUUUGACUGGCAACACUGCCAUCUGUAAAUAACUCUAUAAAUAUAUAUAUAAAUAUAUAAAUAUCUGAUGAACAUAGAAUAUAAAUAUGAUAUAGUAUGAAUAAAUACAAGUUAAGAAUA